AUGUCUAUCGCCGACAAGGAGAUCCCGUCCACCCAGCUCUUCGACCUGAUCAAGCAGGGCCUCGAGGGUAUGGACGAGAAGGAGAAGAAGGACAACAUGAAGAAGGUCAACGGCAUCUUUGAGAUGCGCGUCAAGAACUCCAAGGGCAAGGAGGGCAUCUACACCAUUGACCUCAAGAAGGAGGGCAAGGUCUACCAGGGCAACGCAAAGCCCAAGGCCGAUGUCACAAUCUCGCUCGCGGACGACACUUUCCAGGCUCUCGCAGACAACAAGAUCAACGGCCAGAAGGCGUUCAUGAGUGGCAAGCUCAAGGUUAAGGGCAACAUCAUGCUCGCAACCAAGCUCGACCAGGUCCUCAAGAACGCUCAGUCGAAUAAAUGGCUAUUCGAGCUCGAAGUGCAUGCACGAAUGAAGCAGUGUUUGUUUUUGAACCCCUUGCUGUAA